CCGUUACUUGUUUAGCCAAUUAGCCCCCUUCCUGAAGAACCCUCGAAUCUCUCUCUCUACAUAUAUAUACAGAUAGAUUUGACAAUCGUUUGAAUUGGAUCUGGUAGAAAGGAAUGUCAAUUCACUUCAAAUUCAGGAGCUGUCCAAGCUUCGAUUCCGUUGAUAUAGACGGCCGGCCGUCUAUCUCGGUGCGGGAGCUGAGGUUGAAGAUCAUCCGCCGCAAGAAUCUCAACAUUUGUCAGGACUUUGAUCUCGUUUUCUCUGACGCCCUCUCCGGCCAAGAGUAUAAUGAUGAAAAUUUUCAGAUUUCGAGUGGGUCAAGUGUAAUUGUCAAGAGAGUUCCCGCUGGAACGAUCCCUUCAGCUACUAAGCCGCCAAUUGGUAUAGUGAAGGAUUUAGGGCUGAAAGAUGCUGAUCUUAUUUAUCAUGCAAGUGGGCAAGUAGAUGUAUUUGAUGACUUUGGGGCUGACAUUUGUCCGGUGGCUGAGGGAACUCUCGACAGUGAUGUAGGGUUUGGCAAUAAGAACUGCUGGGACUUUGAGAAAGAAAACCUUUCUGGUCCAAGGUUUCAGAAUCAAAAGCUUGAUUCAAGUGACCUAAGUCAAGCUAUCCAAAGAGGUUCUAAUCAAAGCAAGAAUGAUGCAAAAUUACCUGAACCAAAAACUGGAGAUGUGGCAACAUUGCAAAAGGUGGUAAGCCCCAAUUUUCCAGCAUUGCCCAAUUGUAAUUUGCCAGCAGAACUGAAAUGCCCUCUCUGCAACACCUUUUUUAAGGAUGCUGUGAUGAUACCUUGCUGCCAGCACAGUUUUUGUGAGAAAUGCAUUCGUCUAGUUCUUCUUGAAAAGGCGAUGUGCCCAAAAUGCCUUUCUAGUAGAUGUAAAGUGGAAAAUCUGCUACCAAAUUUAUCUCUCAGGCAAGCGAUUGAGCAUUUUCUUGAAUCUCAGAUGGUUGUCACUGAGUCAGAAAAUGCUUUACGCAAAUAUGCUCCAGAUGGUGAAUCUGGAAUUCAGGUGAAGGAUGUUUCCUGUGCGGUUACUGUUGUACAACGGGAACCAGAGAUGCCUCAUUCACCCUCAGCUACUGGAAAAGGAUCCAAUCAAGUAAUGGCAGAAUCUUUUUAUGACUCACUUAUUCGGAAGAAUUCAAGGACAAUGCAACAGAUGGAUGGAGGAAGAGGUCGAUAUGCUAAUCAUUGGGAUUUUCCAAGUGUACCUGAUGACCCAGAAGAUUGUCAGGGUGAAAGCAAGCCUCUUAAUUUGCUUCAUUCACAUGUUCAGGAUGAAGCUGAUUCUUCCAUCAAGAAGAAUAAAGGCCAGUGGUGUGACACAAGAGGCGGGGACGUGAAUUUUCUGCCUGCUGGUAGAGUUAAAAAGGACCGUAACUGUUACAUGUGUGGUUCUCCUGAUCAUCUCAUCAGAGACUGCGCUUUUGCUUCCAAUCCAAAUCCGAUGCUUCAGACAGGAAAUCCCAUGCUUACGGGUGGGUUUCCUGGCUAUCCAUCACCUUACUGGAAUAGCAAUACUUAUUCCACAUUGAGGCCAUUUGCAAAUAUGUUUGGUAAUGCCGGAAAUGCUCCAUUUAAUGCUUAUAUGGUUCCUCCAACACCUUUUACUGCUCCAUAUAUGCGAUCAAUGCAUGGUGGCAUGCCUUUACCUGGAGGAAUCAUGAGAAUGGGUGGUAUGGCACUUCCAGCUGGAAACAGAGAUGAUCUGCCAUUGAACCAAUAUGAGUACAUGGGCUUCCAGCUUGCGGAAGAUAAAAGCAGAAUUCAGAAUGAAAAACUGGGAAGUGGGCAAUAUUGUCAGGCUGAGUCUAACUUAAAGGAGCAUUACCCAAAAAAUGAUCGAGAAGCAUCAGGAAAGUUCCAUAAGGAGAGGGAACCAAGUACAAGUUGUUCUGGGGACAGCUUUGUUCGAAGAACACGGAGAAAGCACCUCCAUGUUGAGAAAAGAAGGGAGAGAAGUCCUCGUUCCUCAUCUGCUAGUAGAGAUAAGGUGCCUCGUCACUCUGACAGGUCCAAUUCUGUCACUGAUGGUUUUCCUAGUAGUUCUGAUAAGCGAAGGAGAGAAAGUCAUCAACACCAUAAUCGGGACUCAAGAAAGCGCCAUGAGUGUGAUUCUACUUUGGAUCACUAUCAAGCCUCUGAUCGUAAACACAGAGUCGAUUCUCAUGUAAGAGAAUCUCAUCAGAAGCAUCACCCAAGUUCUGCACUAGAACCUAGUUCACCUGUGCACCAGAAAGCACGAUUCAAAGAGAGGGGUUCUGGGCAUGAUCCAAAGUACUCCAGGCCCCAUGCAAGAGACUCCAACGAUGAGGUACAUGACAACAAGAGACGGAGAAGCAGCGGCUCCUAUGAAGAUUACAGAGACGGUUAUUAUCACAAGCGAAACAGAGUUCAUUGAGGGUAAUGAACAUGACUCGUGGUAAACUUGUAAAUGAAGUUGCGCUCAAAUCAGUGUAGGUGAUCAACCAGGUUCCUGUUUCCUUUCAAAUAGGUACUUUGUAUUAACUUGGUUUUGUUGUAGCUUUGGUAUAUGGUCUUUUAUAUCCCUAUAGAUGAUGGAAAUAUAUAGGUCCCUACAACUUAUAAAAUACAUAGGUAUUUUAGGAUCUAAUUUACAAUAUCUGUUGGCUUUGUUGGUACAGAUCUGUAGAAUGGUCGGCUUUUGGACAGUAACAUCAUGACUAACCUUUGUUCAUAUUCCUAACUAAUCCUCUUCACUUCUUUAGUGUGAGGUCUGGAUGCUAGACAAAGGUUUUAACCAGAAGCCGUCUGGUUACAAAUAGUAUUUUGGAUCAUUUUAUAUGCCGCCCAACAAUCCUUUUGGACAAAGGUAUGGAAGCUGAUUUGAGGUAUGUUCUCUGUCUUGAAUUUGGAAUAGGUUUGUUAAUGCUUACUGCAGGUAAGUUCAACCCCUUUCAUUGGAUCUGGGACAAGUUCCUCUUCGAGUCCUAUUCACUUAAUUUGGUCCGCCUACCAAUUCCUUUUACCUACCAACUAAAUCUAUCAAAUAAAAUAAUAAUUGCUACGAUACCUGUCAAUAUAGUCUAUGACUACUAUGAUAACAUAACUUACGAUAAAGUUAUACCGCGAUAUGUUGGUGAGAUGCGUAUAUAUUCGAACAAGAGACGAACAAGCACUUGUGGAACCUUCCGUGGUUCACUGCGCCCGAUGAGUUCUAACUUAAGAUCUUGUAUCAUGGUACCCCAAGUGGGCCUCUCUUAUAUUGCACGGUGGUAAAAGUGUGGUCUGGCAUUACCUGGAACAUGAGGAAAUUCCUCUGACAAUUCCUGGACGAGAACCUCGGGAUCGCCUUCGAUUUCUUAAUGAAAGCUCCCAAUAUAUUUAUUUGAUAGUAAAGAAAUGAUAAAUUCUAAUUAAACAUAAAUCGUAGGAUGGCAGUGGUGUGACCAUGUUCAGACCCGUAUUAGAUGAUGUCAGGAUGUAUGCUGUCUGACACAAUCUCCAUGGUUUUUACGGAUGUCUAUGAAAGUGUGGUUUGUCGACAACAGGAUACAUUAUAGUCGCGCUUGAUACGUUUUCACGUAUAUUGCUUAUGCGGUUCAUCACAACAGUAUUCGCUAUCAAAGUAUUUUAGGAGAGUUCUGUUUGAGGUAGGUUGAGACCAGAUCAAUCGGGAUGAAAACGCAAUCACAUCUAGUAUUUACAUCAACCUAGUCCUAAUGUGACAUGUUCUUGCACAUUUACAAAUAUAUACCCCAGUUUGUUGUUUAACCAUUAUAAAUUACUAAGUUUUGUGUAAGUAUCGGGUGCUUAUGUUUUUUGCCUAAUGUCGCUAGGUACAGUAUGUGCCGUAUGGUACAUGAUUCAGAAAGGGGAGGAUUUACUUGUGUGA